AUGCUCAACUACAGCUUGUUGCUUUCUGUCUACAUCGUCACCUUUCUGAUGGGGGUCCCUGCCAACAUCCUGGCAUUCUGCACCUUCUGCCGUAAGGUGCACCGCAAGGCAACCCCGAUAGACAUCCUCCUCCUCAACCUCACCAUCUCCGACCUCAUCUUCCUGGCUUUCCUGCCAUUUAAAAUGAAGGAGGCCUCUGACGACAUGGCCUGGAUGCUCCCCUACGCCCUGUGUCCCUUCUCUGGCUUUCUGUUCUAUGUCACCAUCUACAACAGCACCUUGCUCCUCACAGCUGUGAGCGUGGAGCGUUACCUGGGGGUCGCCUACCCCCUCAGGUAUUCCCUGUGGCGCAGGCCACGCUAUGCCGUGCUGGCUAGCAUCAUGUUCUGGGUGGUGACUUCUCUGAACCUCAGCAUCGUCUACAUCAUGCCUUACGCCCAAUGGAGCAAAGGUGCAGAUGGUGACAUCACCAAUGGCAGCACCGCCAGCGACUCUGCCCCACCUCCACCCACCUGCUACCUGAAUUUCACAGAGGAUGAGCUCGAGAUCCUGCUGCCAGUCCGCCUGGAGCUCUUCCUUAUCCUUUUCUGCGUCCCCUUUAUCAUCUGCUGCUUCUGCUACAUCAAUUUCAUCCUCAUCUUGUCCCGUCUCCCAAACAUCGGCAGACGCCGGAGGCUGCGUGCCAUCGGUCUGGCGCUUGGCACACUGAUAGUAUUUGCCGUCUGUUUCGGGCCUUACAAUGCCUCCCACGUGGUGGGGUUUGUUCGUAAGGAGAGUGAGGACUGGAGGAACGUGGCGUUGCUCUCCAGCACCUUCAACGCCUGCCUGGAUCCAUUUAUCUUCUACUUCUCCUCAGCGGCUGUCAGAAGCAUGUUAAGUCACUGCCGCAGGAACGUCGCUGCAAAGCUACACAUCCUGAGGUGUGGAGGGGGUCCUCACUGUCCUCACCAGAGACCCCCCAAGACUGACAAAUACAAGGAGGCACCUCAGCCCUGUGAAGUUCUGGAGAAAUGA